UGCAAACUGAUUGGUCCCAACGUUCACAUGUCGAUUUGGGUUCUGGGUUGUCCCGACCGGGUUGUUCCUUCAAUAUUAGAGAUCGGAAGUUAAAACACUCGUGGCUCACGAGUCGCUAUCAUUUCCGCAAUCACAGCUCCUUCGAUCGGCCUGCCACACCUAACGUCAUGAAGUAAUUUCUCGGCAGCACGAACGGAGCUCUAUUAAUGAACUCUGUUCUCAUAUUUAGGACAGCCAUUGUGAGAAUCGUUCGUUUUAAGGGCGCUCCAGGGUCGUUACGGCAGAUAUUCUCCACCGUCGAUACCAUAAGCGCUGUGGUAGUGCUGUCAUCAUGUGAGUGCGUAUAUCCGAGUGCUCCUUCGAACGCCGCGAUGCCUGACACCAUCAGAUACAAUAGUGAACUUGACCUCUUCUUCUCAUCCAAACACUCUAAUGUCCCUCAUCAAAGUGCCCCUUUUAUUCUCCGACGCCAUUGGUAUGCGCAUCACAGGGAAACCUCCCAACGAGCCUCUUCCUCUCAUCGAGCACGUCGUUCCCGAUUGGAGAGAGAAGUUCCUCAAGAGUCUAGCAUGGCCCUGCGUAUUUCUGAGAGCGAUUUACUGGUCUGUCGGCAUCAUCGAAAUGACCGUUAUCGUAGCCAACCAUACACCGUCAUUGGCUGUCUCACGGUUCAUUACGUCCACCAUCGUUUUCAACAGCAGGAAUCACGGAAUCGCCAUAACUCCUCUAUUCCUCUUCGGAAACUUCCUCACGAUUGUGGGAACCGCGAUCCGUUUGCAAUGCUACCGCACGCUUGGGCGCCUAUUCACGUUUGAGCUGAGCAUUCGUCAGGACCAUCGUCUGAUAUCCGAGGGUCCGUAUGCGGUGGUUAGACAUCCCAGUUAUACCGGAAUGAUCAUAACAAUUGCUGGAGCCAUCUGUAGCCAGUCUAGUGGUUCGUGGGUGACGGAAUGUGGCCUGUUGGACAUGUGGUUCGGGAAGGUGUUGGCGAUAUAUUGGCUGUUGGUGGCUGGAGCAGUUGUGACCAGUCUUAUCCUGAGGGUCUCCGUUGAGGAUCGAUUGCUCGAGAGGAACUUCGGUAACGAAUGGGUCGAGUGGAACCGAAAAGUGCCAUACGGUUUGAUCCCUUGGGUAUACUGAAAAAUGGAAGGCGAUGCGAGCGACGGGUCCUCGGUGAGAUCCCUCAUGUCAUAUUCACCUCUACUCCUAGGAACUGAAGUUCGUUCCUUCUUUACCAUAACGG